GCUUGCCAAGGGUUAUCCAGAUUUAUACAAGUGACUGCUGAUAGUUAGAAGCAUUUUGGUAUAUGUAUCUUGGCACAACCUGCACAGCCAGCGGUAAUUGCGACACGACAACACAUCCUAACUCCGAAUGCACUGGGACAGUCGGAUCACAAACCUGCACCUGUAAAUCAGGUUACACCAAGCAAGGAAUGGCGUGCAAAGCAGACCUAGGCACAGCCUGUACAGCAACCACUGAUUGCGACACGAUAACUACAACUGAUGCUGUAUGCGACCUGAAUGCUGCAUCUAAGAUUUGCGCAGUAGGGGUGAACGGUAUUUGUAGUGGCGAUACGAGUACAAGGUGUACCACCUCUGCUACCUGCGUGAGCAAAAGUGCGCCUGCAGCUCGGGCUACACUGCAACCAACACCAAACUUUGCAGCAGCGACAGAGAGACCGACAUUUGAUUCAGAUUACUACAUCAAUUGUGGCUUCGGAGCUGGAGGACAACCAUAUACCAGUUAAACGAUAGACAGCUAUUUGCAUGACGUUCAUCAGCAAACAUUUUAGAUGAAUCGAUACUUACAAAAUAGUAUUAAAUGAAUUAAUAGUAUUAAUAAAUUUUAUUGUAAGUUUGUAACGAUAAACGUAUCGAUAAUUGACAUGUGUAUAAUAUAAUAUAAUUUAUUUGUAAAAAAAAUGUGAAACAACUUUGGUAAAAUUAUAACAAUUUAAAUUGCGUAUAUGGAUUAAUUAAUUAAUUAAUUACAAUACAGAUCUAAGAUAAUUAUUUAUAAUCUCGGUGAAGGAAGUGUACUUGAAACAAAUAUUUGAUAAGAUGAUAAUAAUAUGAUAAGAAUAAACAUUAUGCAAUAUACAUACAAGUGCAAAAUGUGUUUCAUCGCGCAACAGAGGAAUAAUACAUCUGACACAGUGAGCCGAUGGUGUUGCAGCAUCCCUGUCAAUGAUUGUGUCCUGUGUGCUCAUGGCGAUGUUUUAAGCGAGUCGCUUCAAUACAAGAACAUCGGGAGAUCAUCAUACUGCGUAAAACAACUUAUGUGCAUACGAUAGAUUAUUUAAAACAGACAUUAACAAUCAACAUUUAAUAUAGUUUUCUUAAAUUAUAUGUUACUUUAACUCUUUCUGAAUCAAAAUUAAGAAGUGAAUUGUGUGCUGUAUUUUGUGUUCAGUUUCUGUGAUAUUUCUGUAGUCCAAUAUCCAUUCUUUUAAUGAUGUUGUUGAUUACCCAAUGUAUAUAUUUAAAUGAAUUGUAAAGCCCAUAUUUCUAAUAAUUUUCUGUCAUUUCAGUUGUCAAAUGUGUCUGUUACGAAGAUAGCUUUUUUGACUCGUUAACAUUUUCAGUUUUGUAUGUGUUCGUGUGUGAUAAUUUAAUAAGCCAUAUAUUGCAAAUGAUUAUUAACAUCUUUCAAUAUGUCGGUUACGUAUUAUUGCAAUGAAAUUGCAAAUAUGGUUUGUAUGAUCACACGAACUACACUUUGUUUAAGCAUCGUUUUUAUCAAAGACGGUCUAAUGAUUAAGUGCAAAACGCACAUUUUCGGGCUUU